GGAUAUGAACGUGAUUUCUGAUGAAACUGGAUUGGAAUAAUUUCCAUGAUAUUUGUAUAUUUAUAUACAUAUAUAUAUAUAUUUUAAAAUUUUGCAUUUGACUUAAAGUGCCAUGAGAAAAUUUGCAUAUUGUAAGGUGGUUCUAGCCACCUCCUUGAUUUGGGUACUCUUGGAUAUGUUCCUGCUGCUUUACUUCAGUGAGUGCAACAAAUGUGAUGAGAAAAAGGAACGAGGACUUCCUGCUGGAGAUGUUCUAGAGCCAGUGCAAAAGCCACAUGAAGGUCCUGGAGAAAUGGGGAAACCAGUCGUCAUUCCUAAAGAGGAUCAAGAAAAGAUGAAAGAGAUGUUUAAAAUCAAUCAGUUCAAUUUAAUGGCAAGUGAGAUGAUUGCACUCAACAGAUCCUUACCAGAUGUUAGGUUAGAAGGGUGUAAAACAAAGGUCUAUCCAGAUAAUCUUCCUACAACAAGUGUGGUGAUUGUUUUCCACAAUGAGGCAUGGAGCACACUUCUGCGAACUGUCCAUAGUGUCAUUAACCGUUCACCAAGACACAUGAUAGAAGAAAUUGUUCUUGUAGAUGAUGCCAGUGAAAGAGACUUUCUGAAAAGACCUCUAGAAAGUUAUGUGAAAAAACUCAAAGUGCCAGUUCAUGUAAUUCGAAUGGAACAACGUUCUGGAUUGAUCAGAGCUAGAUUAAAAGGAGCUGCUGUGUCCAAAGGCCAAGUAAUCACCUUCUUAGAUGCUCAUUGUGAAUGUACAGCAGGUUGGCUGGAGCCUCUCUUAGCCAGGAUCAAACAUGACAGGAGAACAGUGGUAUGUCCUAUUAUUGAUGUGAUCAGUGAUGAUACUUUUGAGUACAUGGCAGGCUCUGAUAUGACCUAUGGUGGAUUCAACUGGAAGCUCAAUUUUCGCUGGUAUCCUGUUCCCCAAAGAGAAAUGGAUAGAAGGAAAGGUGACCGGACUCUUCCUGUCAGAACACCUACAAUGGCAGGAGGCCUUUUUUCAAUAGACAGAGAUUACUUUCAGGAAAUUGGAACAUAUGAUGCUGGAAUGGAUAUUUGGGGAGGAGAAAACCUAGAAAUUUCUUUUAGGAUUUGGCAGUGUGGAGGAACUUUGGAAAUAGUUACAUGCUCACAUGUUGGGCAUGUGUUUCGGAAAGCUACACCUUACACGUUUCCAGGUGGGACUGGGCAGAUUAUCAAUAAAAAUAAUAGACGACUUGCAGAAGUGUGGAUGGAUGAAUUCAAGAAUUUCUUCUAUAUAAUUUCUCCAGGUGUUACAAAAGUAGAUUAUGGAGAUAUAUCAUCAAGACUUGGUCUAAGACACAAACUACAAUGCAAACCUUUCUCUUGGUACCUAGAGAAUAUUUACCCUGAUUCGCAAAUUCCACGUCACUAUUUCUCACUGGGAGAGAUACGAAAUGUGGAAACAAAUCAAUGUCUAGAUAACAUGGCUAGAAAAGAGAAUGAAAAAGUUGGAAUUUUUAAUUGUCAUGGUAUGGGAGGUAAUCAGGUUUUCUCUUAUACUGCCAAUAAAGAAAUUAGAACAGAUGAUCUUUGUUUGGAUGUUUCCAAACUUAAUGGCCCAGUUACCAUGCUUAAAUGCCACCACCUAAAAGGCAACCAACUCUGGGAAUAUGACCCAGUGAAAUUAACCCUGCAGCAUGUGAACAGUAAUCAGUGCCUGGAUAAAGCCACAGAAGAGGAUAGCCAGGUGCCCAGCAUUAGAGACUGCAAUGGAAGCCGGUCCCAACAGUGGCUUCUUCGAAACGUCACCCUUCCAGAAAUAUUUUGAGACCAAAUUUACAAAAACGAAAAAAAGGAUUGACUGGGCUACCUCAGCAUACAUUUCUGCCACAUUCUUAAGUAGCAAAAAAGGAAAAAUACUUUCCUCUUCUGCAGGAUGUAAGGUUUAUCAGCCAUUAAACUCAGACUUAUAGCUUUUCACUAGCUGUGAACCAGCCUUCCUGUCCAAGGACGUGAAAAUGCAUAGUAGUGAGACUGUGCACAAUGAUGUUUACAAGAUUGAAAGAGUCUUUCAUCAAGAGUCAUGGGAAAGAAUAUUCAGACACACAAUCAACAAAAUAUGCUUUCUGGAAAGCUGCACCCUCUAUGGUUCACUUGCACACCAGUAAUUUCUGCUGAAUGUGCUCUCACGAAGAAGAGAUUUCCAAGAUUUUUUUCCUAAUUAGGACUGGUAGCCAGUAUAUUAAAUAUUGAUAUAAAAAUAAAUGAGAAGGAACUGAAAGAACCAGAUUUAGAAUCAUGAAAACAACAUUUUUACAACAAUAAAAAACGAUAUUAAACAGGGUUUAAAAGAAAUUAAAACAGAACUAUGAGAAGUACAAUUUGUUAUAGUAUAGUAUCAAAUUUCUAUAUAGAUUUUAUACCUCAGUGGGGAAAAAUAACUGAUUCCAGUGAUACUCAUUUUGUUUUCAUCUGUGAUAGUCAUGGAUGCUUUUAUUUUCCUUGGGGUGCUGGGCAAAAAGCUCUCUGAACAUAGUUUUAAUUUCUUUCUAUAAUAUUUUUAUUUGGUUGUGGACUGUUGGAAUUGUAAUUUUUAAUUGCCUUCUUAAAAAUGGACAUUUAACAUGUCUGGUCUCAACUGAACAAGUUAGAUAUCUCAGUUGUUCUUGGGUCAACUGGCUUAUACACUGAGACACACACACACACACACACACACACACUAUUAUCACAACUUUAUUAACUUCAUCCAACUGAUUAUGCUUAAUACCCAGGAUUCAUACUACUGUAGUACAGAUUUGUUUCACAGCAAUAAAUCUUCAGUUCUUUAUGACUCCACUUAACAAAAGGCUUACAAGGAGUGAUUUAUCCUUUGGGUAUUUGCAGAUAAUAUAUUUGCCAGUUUUGAAAUCUUUCUCACUCCAUACACAGAUGUGCUUUAUUGUCAAGUACAUAUUUAGAUUAGAUUCUUGAAUUGUAACAUUGAUUUGGUUUUUUAAAAAAUAAAAUUUGACUGAAAAUGUAUAAUUGGCAUUUUUAAUGAGUUAGUUGAAGAAGUGCAGCUAUUCCAUAUUGCAGGUUCUGCAUUUCUCCCUAAAUUCCAUGUAGGUUACGUUGAUCUUAUUUUUCUCUGAUUUUUAAUACCAAAAAAUCAAUUGAUUACCAAAAGUUUAUGUCAAUUAAAAGUUAAAUUUUUAACUUUCCAGAAACUUGCAUUGUGACACUUUCUCCAAUAUCUAAAGCAAUCCAUUGACAAAAAUGCAUAUAUUUUGCUUGUUUUUGUUAGAUUAUAUUUGAUGGUAUUCUUUCCUUUGGUUAUCAAAGACUCACUGCAGGCAGUGUUAAUUCUUGUGCCUAAGAAUGUUUCUGAAAGUUACAUCACCAAUGAUAAUUGCCAAGUUGAUUAUAUACAGUUUGUUUAGUCAACAUCAAGCCUGUAGAUGCUUUAGGUGAAGCUAUAAUACAGAAGGCAAAACUGUCCCAAGGAAAUUCAAAAUGAAACAGGUACUGGAUGGAAUUUUAUUUCCUACUCCAUGAGUUGUGUUAAUUCUAUUCAGUAGACCUAAUGCUUGAAAAAAAUUGAAUGUCUAAUCAAUAAAUUACUUUCAUGCUCAGCA